UUUCAAUUCUAAAAAUCAAAUAAUUUGUUUUAUUUUUUUUUCCGGGAAAUUAAAAGCUCAGUUAUUCCUCUAGGCCCGUCACUCCCUCACUCUCUCGGCGAUGGAUCGCAACUCGUCGGACGAAGACGAGGACCACCGUAACUUAAUCCCACAUCACGACACCAGAGAAAACGAGCUUCAUUCCGCCACUAAUAGAGCAAACGGCGGUGGCAGAAGCCCGAGAUCGACGUUCCAGAUCGAGGAAGCCUCGUCCCGAUCCGGUAACCCUCGCAAAAUCUCACUCAACAAGCGUUACGUCAUCGCCGCCGUCUCACUAACUCUCCUCCUCGGCUUUUUCCUUUUCUCAUUCACUGAUACUCGCACCUUCUUCCCUCUGAAUCUCUCAACCUUCAAGCUCGAUCCACUCUCGGUACAAGCCAAGGAAUCAGAGCUCCGCGCUCUGUAUCUUCUAAAGCAGCAACAGCUCGCGCUCGUCUCUCUCUUGAACCACAACAACUCCUCGAACGCGAUUGAAUCUAAUGUGGUGGAAUCCGCUAUUUCGCUGAGCAAACAGAUCGAAGAGGCGCUUCUCUCACCACACGGGACAGGAAACUCCUCCCUCUCGGUUCUUGGUUCAGACAGAUGUAAGAAAGUAGAUCAGAGCUUGUCGGAGAGGAGGAGAACGAUCGGGUGGAAGCCUAGAGAAGACAAGUUCCUCUUCGCGAUCUGUCUCUCGGGGCAAAUGAGCAACCACUUGAUCUGUUUAGAGAAACACAUGUUCUUCGCUGCCUUGUUAGAUCGAGUCCUCGUGAUCCCGAGUCCUAAGUUUGAUUACCAGUACGACAGAGUGAUUGAUGUAGACCGGAUCAACACUUGCUUGGGGAGAACCGUUGUUGUUUCUUUCGAUCAGUUCAAGGAGAAGAAGAAGGCUCGUAUUGAUAGGUUUAUUUGUUACUUCUCGUCGCCGCAGCCUUGUUAUGUUGACGACGAGCAUGUUGGUAAGCUCAAGGGGUUGGGGGUUAUGAUUGGUGGGAAGCUUGAGUCUCCUUGGAGUGAGGAUAUAAAGAAGCCGAGUAAGAGAGGUUUUGAGGAAGUGGUGGAGAAGUUUAAGGGUGAUGAUGGUGUGAUUGCUAUUGGGGAUGUUUUCUAUGCUGAUUUGGAGAGAGAGUGGGUGAUGCAGCCUGGUGGACCUAUUAAGCACAAAUGCAAGACGCUGGUUGAACCCAGCAGGCUCAUUGUGUUGACAGCGCAGAGGUUCAUCCAGACGUUUUUGGGAAAGAAUUUUAUUGCGCUUCAUCUCAGGAGACAUGGGUUCUUGAAGUUCUGCAAUGCGAAAUCGCCGAGUUGUUUCUAUCCGAUACCACAAGCUGCAGACUGCAUCAGUCGGAUAGUGGAGAGAGCCAAUGCUCCAGUAAUCUACCUUUCAACAGAUGCUGCAGAGAGUGAAACCGGUCUGCUUCAGUCACUAGUAGUCGUUGAUGGAAAAGUCAUUCCACUUGUCAAACGUCCACCUCGCAACUCAGCGGAAAAGUGGGACUCGUUGUUGUAUAGACAUGGUAUAGAGGAUGACUCUCAGGUGGAUGCUAUGUUGGAUAAGACAAUAUGUGCAAUGUCAAGUGUCUUCAUUGGAGCAUCGGGUUCAACUUUUACAGAGGAUAUUUUGCGUCUAAGGAAAGACUGGGGAACUUCUUCUAUGUGCGAUGAGUAUCUCUGUCGAGGCGAAGAGCCAAACUUCAUAGCAGAAGAUGAAUAAAAAAGUAAACACAUUCGUUAACUUUUUUAUGUCUUCUGAAUCCAUUGUUCUUUUUUUUUACCUGUAUUAUAAUAAUGCCUUUAGCGUAAGAUUCUUUUGAUUAUUUUUCGACAAGAGGAGAGUUUCUUCCUUGACAAUCAUCUGUUUCAUCGGAACUACUUGAUAGCUUUUGAAACAAGUAACCAGAAUGUUGCAUAGAUUGUAUACA